AUGGGCUCGGAUCCUCAGUACGCAAAGUGGCCUCUGCUGCCGCUCUCGCAGCAUGUCUUCACGCUGACAAACCCUUAUGCCGCGCGAGCCUCCCAACAAGCCGCCGCCAAGAACUUGCAGGAUGCCAUAAACGAGCACAAGAUGGCACCGCUCUAUCGGUACCUGGCACACCCGCUCGAGGGGAUUCUGAAUGCAGUUGGUGAGGGCGGUGCAAACGUCCCCGGCAAGCCGCUAAGUAGGAAGUCCAGCGCCGUCGGCAUGAUGGUCACAAAGAACCCGACCGCGAGCGUCGUCCUGCCCUGGGACGAGGGUCUGUACCAGCAGCUGAAGGAGGACAAUGACAAGGAACUCGAGGAGUAUCAGAAGGAGGAGGACGAGGCGGUAGAGAAGGCUGGUGAGACCGAGAUCCAGGCCGCUCGAGGGAAGCGCGCGGAGUUUUGGGCGCGCGUUGGUGACAAGGAGAAAGCCAUUGCUGCUUAUGAAGAUGUCUUCGAAAAGACGGGCAUCCUCGGCACCAAGAUCGACCUCGUCCUGGCCAUAAUACGCAUGGGGCUCUUCUACGGGGAUAAGGUCCUGGUGAAGAAGCACGUCGACCGUGCCAAGACGCUCGUCGACAGCGGCGGUGACUGGGACCGACGAAACAGGUUGAAGGCGUAUGAGGGUUUGUACCUGCUCACCGUGAGGUCGUACAAUCUUGCUGCGCCGCUGCUCCUCGACUCUCUGUCCACAUUCACAUCCUACGAACUCUGCACAUACUCCAACCUCGUGGUCUACUCUGUACUUGCCGGCUCUGUGUCUCUCAAGCGCGUGGACUUCAAGUCCAAGGUCGUGGAUGCGCCUGAGAUCAAGGCCAUCCUUGGCGACGGCGAGGACAAGCUGCUCGCACUCAGCGGCGCCAUCUCUGCGGGACCCGGCGUCGAUGCCGACCAGCAGGAUCUUUCUGGCGCGCCCGCGGCUGCAAAGACCACGGUGGUCAACCUGACGACCCUCGGUAGCAGCGUGGAUCAGCCAGAGGCCGAGAUGGCCGUCGACUUCAGCCCCCUGGCGCAGCUGGUGUCGUCGCUAUACAACGGUCGCUACAAGCUGUUCUUCCAGGCGCUAGCACUCGUGGAGGAGCAGUUCUUGACGCAGGACCGUUAUUUGCACGAGCACAAGAACUGGUUCGUUCGCGAGAUGCGCCUGCGCGCCUACCAGCAGCUUCUGCAGAGCUACCGUGUUGUCGGGCUCGAGAGCAUGGCCAAUGACUUUGGAGUCACUGUAGAUUUCUUGGACCGCGACUUGGCCAAGUUCAUCGCUGGUGGCCGCAUUCCCUGCACCAUCGACCGUGUGACCGGCAAGGGCGUCAUUGAGACAAACCGACCGGAUGACAAGAACAAGCAGUACCAAGAUGUUGUCCGCCAAGGUGAUCAGCUGAUUACGAAGUUGCAGAAGUACGGCCAGGCCGUUCGGCUCCGGGGUAGCGAGAGGGCAUGA